GCGGAUGUUGCUGGUGCUGAACUGAAUCAAAAGUCGAGCAGUUUUUUCCCACAAGUUUGACUCAGCUUUGAAGAUGACGGGCGCUGUGAAGCACAGACAUGACAAUGCAACAGCAUUGGAACUCGCUGCAAUUGGCCUGGCACUUAUAACCAUUCUCAGUGUGUGGAAGUUAAAGCAGUUUAAAUAUAAACUUCUAAAUGAAACUGGAGGUGCAAUGUUUUAUGGUAUGCUCAUGGGGUUAACAGUGAGAUACUUGUCACCUGCACAGGGAGAACACGGGGACGAUGUGGCGACGAUGUGCAGUUGCGGUGGUCUUAAUAGCACUCCUCACAUCUUGACAGUCAACAUCACAUCCCAUUUUCACAGUUACAGACAUACUGCAAAAGUCAGCCAACGAUACCCACCGGUCUCGAUCCAUCAUACGGAGAACUUUGAUCCCGAGGUCCUUUUCAAUCUGUUCCUGCCACCCAUCAUCUUCCAUGGAGCUUACACCCUUAAUCAGAAACGAUUCAUUGAGAAUCUCGGAUCCAUUCUGAGUUUUGCUUUUUUGGGUACCAUAAUCAGCUGUAUGACCAUUGGGGCCUGCGUCUAUGGCUUCACCAGACUGAUGGUGCUGUUGGGCCAAGCAGCAGAUGGAGACUUCUUCCUCACUGAUUGCCUGAUGUUUGGUGCCAUUAUAUCAGCCACUGACCCAGUUUCAGUCCUUGGCCUCUUGUCAGACCUCCGUGUGGAUGUGGACCUGCACACCCUGCUGUUUGGAGAGAGUGUCCUGAAUGAUGCCGUGGCCAUCGUCCUGACACAUGCCAUCACCACCUAUAGCCAGAUGGGUGCAGGACACAGCUUUAACCCCCCCGCAUUCUUCCUCUCCGUCGGUCAUUUUCUUGGAGUUCUUGCCGGCUCCUUCCUCCUGGGUUUCAUAGUCACAGUCAUAACAGCCCUCAUAUCCAAAUUCACUCGGCUGUGUGAGAAUCCACUGCUGGAAACAUCAGUCUUCUUCUUGCUGUCUUGGAGCAGCUUCCUCUCAGCUGAGGCCGUUGGACUUUCAGGUAUUGUGGCAGUGCUGUUUUGUGGCUUAAGCCAGGCAAGGUACACAAUUCACAAUUUAUCCUCUGUGGGCAGGACCAGGACCAAGCAGCUCUUUGAAGUCUUCAACUUCCUUGGGGAGAUUUUCAUCUUCGGCUACAUGGGAUAUAUAUUGUUGACGUUUCCUCACCAUGUCUUCAAAGCCUUCUUCAUUUUUGGCGCAUUUCUCUCUAUCAUUAUAUCAAGAGCCUGCAACAUCUACCCUUUGUCAUUCCUCCUAAACCUGGGACGCACAACCAAGAUACCUCGCAACUUCCAGCACUUCAUGAUGUUUGCAGGCUUGAGAGGGGCUGUGGCAUUGAACCUGGCAGCAAGAGACACAUCCACGGAAGUGAAGCGCACCAUCCUCACAACCACACUGCUGCUGGUUGGCUUUACCAUCUGGGUGCUGGGUACGACCGCUGAUCCUAUGCUGCGCUGCCUGGACAUCAGAAUGGGGGUGGAUGCAGAUGAAAAUCCAGAGGACCUUUCUUUUGAGGUUGCUACAGGGAGGCCAGACACAAACCGGAGCCUAUGGCACUGUCUGGACUACAAAUAUCUGAAGCCGCUGCUGACACACUGUGGCCCUCCUUUGACUGACUCACUGCCACAGUGGUGUGGGGUGUUUUCGAGACUCUUCGGCAGAGUCCAAGUCCAGGAGGAUGAAGAGCUGUGUGAGAUUGAACCAGAUGACUCCACCUUCAUUCAUUUGGAGAAAACCGAGGACCAGGUUGAAUCUAAAAGAAGUGACUCUGGAUCCGAGCACCAGGAAGACCUGCUGGAGGGAGACCUGGGUCUUGGCACUGCUGCAGCUCUGCCCAUGGAGGCCUGAAGUUCCAGGAGUUACUUCUAACCCCAGCCUUUCAGCCCCCGCUGCCCUGAGGCUAAGACCCCUGCCUCCCACAGUGAAUGGGGUCACUGGCCAGGGCAUCUAAGAGGGGGCGACCGGGAGUCAAGAGCUGCAAUAGCUCCGGAAAGGUCAUGCACACCCCCCUUGUGCUGACAUGCAUGCAAAGACACACUUGCACAGAAGAAGAAAUAACAAUUACAAAGGCCAUUGCUCUUUCUGCUACUCCGCUGAUGAUUUUCUUGGCUUGUUUUGCUUCAGUUUCAAGGAAUUUAAUAGCUGACAUAGAGCGAUUUGUCGCUUAAACUUACAGUUUAAAUGCCUUACACAACAAACAGGAGGCAGAAAUUGACCUAUGUGUGCACAGUGUACUUUUGACACAGCAAGCAAUGUUAUAAUGCAACAGUUCUGGUCACACAUUAAUUGCUAGUAAAGCUGCUUCGUGCUACUUGGUUACAUAAUGUCUUGCUUUCAAGCUUAAGGGGGAAUUGCUCAUGAGCAUCCACUGUGAUUGAAAGCUACGGUAUUUCCCUUAAUCAGCUGAAAUGGUAUUUUUUUGCCAACUUUGCUCUGCUCUUCCCCAACUCCUUAUUAAACUUUUAUUGCACUGUU